CCAACCCCCUGACUCCUCUAGCUCCUGUGCCAGUUCUCCGGCACCCCAAAACAAUUCCCACUUCUAGCACAUCCCCAUUUGUCCCCCCAAUCCCCGGAACCUGCUUCCACCAACCUAACUCCUGGGCCCCUCCUGUUUACACUCUACCCUCCAUGUUCCCCUCCCUGGGUUGGCUCCAGCCACCACUCCAUCUCUGGUCCUUCUGGUCUCCUCACCUCGUUCCCCAGGCUUCGCAGAACCCUGAAUCUAGAGGACCUUCACCUCCCCUGGUUUGUCCCCUCCUGGCCUGCCCUCAGCCGCGUCCUGUCAUACCUCCAUCCUCUCUUCUCCCAUUUCUUCCCUAGUCCUUUCUGCCCUCUUCUCAGAAUCACCCCCGAUUCCUCGAGGAUCCCAUUUUUCUUCCGUCCUGAGCCAGGAUGCAGGUGUCCAUCGCUUGCACUGAGCAAAACCUCCGCAGCAGGAGCAGUGAGGACCGUCUGUGUGGACCCCGACCUGUCCCUGGGGGCGGGAACGGCAGUGGAGUGACCAGCAGUUACGGGAACCCUUCAGGGGGAGGGGGACCCGGCUCCAAGGCCCGGGCUGUGCCAGUCGCGCGACCCCUGGGUCCCCCAGCUGUGACCCACUCUGGGCCCCUACGAGAGAGCACCGGCCGCGGCACCAGCAUGAAGUACAGAAACUUGGGAAAGUCUGGUCUUCGUGUAUCCUGUCUUGGACUUGGUACCUGGGUCACAUUUGGGUCUCAGAUCUCAGAUGAGACAGCAGAGAAUCUGAUGACUGUGGCAUAUGAACAUGGAGUGAAUCUGUUUGACACAGCUGAGGUGUAUGCAGCAGGAAAGGCAGAACGAACACUGGGCAAUAUCCUUAAGAGCAAGGGUUGGAGGCGAUCCAGCUAUAUCAUCACUACCAAAAUCUUUUGGGGAGGACAGGCAGAGACUGAGAGAGGCUUGAGCAGAAAACACAUCAUUGAGGGCUUGUGGGGCUCCCUGGAACGGCUUCAACUAGGAUACGUAGACAUAGUCUUCGCCAAUCGCUCGGACCCCAACAGUCCCAUGGAGGAGAUUGUCCGGGCCAUGACCUUUGUCAUUAACCAGGGGCUGGCACUGUACUGGGGGACAUCACGUUGGGGGGCUACAGAAAUCAUGGAGGCCUACUCAGUGGCCCGACAAUUCAACUUAAUUCCCCCUGCAUGUGAACAAGCCGAAUACCACCUGUUUCAGAGAGAUAAGAUGGAGACACAACUGCCUGAGCUCUACCACAAGAUAGGUGUUGGCUCAGUGACCUGGUCCCCUUUGGCCUGUGGUGUCAUCACUAGCAAGCAUGAAGGAAGAAUCCCAGAAACCUAUAGGGGGACCAUCAAGGGCUACCAGUGGCUCAAGGACAAAGUACAGAGUGAAGAUGGCAAGAAGCAACAGGUCAAGGUCAUGGACCUGCUCCCCAUUGCUCACCAAAUGGGUUGCACGGUGGCCCAGCUUUCUAUUGCCUGGUGUCUCCGCAGUGAGGCUGUCAGCUCCGUCCUGCUGGAGGUGUCCAACACCGAGCAACUGAUGGAAAACUUGGGAGCUCUGCAGGUGCUGGGCCAGCUAACACCCCAGAAGGUGCUGGAGAUCGACGGACUCCUGGGAAACAAACCCCACUCCAAAAAAUAGCGUCCCUCCCGCCAGGCGCAGGCGCAGGCGCCGCCGCCUUCACAGCCAGCACCGCGAUCCUCCACGGCCCGAGCCAGCGCCAGCAAUAGCGCCUACAACUGCAGCAGCAGCAGCCUCCUCCAGCUCUCCCGGCAGCCAGGCGGCCAGAACCCGAAAGAACGUUUCCCCACCUCAGGCGGGAGGCCCCCGUGACCCCGCCCUCUAAGGAGUCCCCGGAUGGCCCCGCCCACCAAGGAUUCCCGGCUACAUGCAUGAUCUUAUAAGCCAUAUCCUGCCAUAGCAUGGCUGGGGAAGGAAAGUAGUUCGCCACACCUUUUCCCACCGCCCAGUGUUCGGCCGUCUCUUCCCAGCGUAUAGCUUUUCCCGGGCAUGAGUUGGGGUUGGGGGGGAGGGUAUCUUUUCUCUUCUCUCCGCCCUGUUCUUUUCCCGCUUUGUUCUCCUGCCGUCUUCCUCCUCUCCCUCCAUAAAACUGCGCGGAGGUCUGAAAGAAUACACCCGUCAGAAAGAGAUUGCGUGACAUCAUCUGAGAGAGACAGGAAGAGUUAGGCCAGAGGUGCAAAAGGCAACAUAAACACAACCGAUUCCAGUUAAGGGAGAGGUGGACUUGACUACCAGGGCACCUGAGAUGCCUUCAGAAGAGAAACCAUGCUGAAAGAGUGGUGACCAUCAUUCUGAGACGGGCUGUUCAAAAUCAGCGUCAGGAUGACGUCAGAAGGCACCAAGAAAGCGAGCCCCUUCCCACCACACACAGAACUUCGACCACAUUGGGGAUGCCGAGGAUUCUCCCUUUCCUCAGAUGUAAAAUGAUGCACAGCAUACAUAAGGCAUUGGUGGGACUUAGUCAGGCCCAUGGACUUUACAGGUGGAGUUGUAUAAGAUACCAGAAAUGUUAGCACUUGACAGGAAGUUGAUAUCACGAUAUCACGUGGGUGGCCAGCUGGCAUGAUGAACAUGGCAUCCUUUAGCACCCAUGCUGGGGAGUGGAGCCCUCAUAGAAUGGCCCCCAGGUGAUGGGUUUUGAGAAAUGGAAAGUUAGCCCAGAGGAAAGCUGCCCUUUGCCCUUGGCAGUAAUCCUAAAGCAAUAAUAAUGGGCCUUCC